AUGCAAAGAACGUUCGAUAUCGUUGAAGACAAGCUGGAUCCUCACGGAAAUGCUGGAGUGACUGAGAAGCGAUGUGAAAAAUGUGGUUGUGGUGACAAAUGCAUUUGUUCGCGCUGUGAUUGCAAGAAAAACAGCAAAAAAUGUUGUGACAAGAAGCGGGAUGAGAAGCCUGUUGACAAGAAUCUGAUGCUGUAA